AUGAUCAUCGGAUUAGAAUUCGACUUUGAAUGGAGAGGACCGGGCAUAGAGGUUGCGUCCCAGUUCUGCAGCUGGGUAUUCUCGGCACAGCCGUUAUCGCGCAAUCUAGAAGUGAUCGUCGACGCCGUUGUCCACGGACUGAAGAAAGUUGCCAGCGACAACCAAGUCCCCAUGUCGAAGAUCACUUUGGAAAUGCUUUCAGAUGUCGUGAACGUGACUGGACCCAAGAUAAUGACCGUUGCGAUCUUGGAAAGUCUCGAGCAGCUGUUUGGCAGACCUGUCGAUGAUCGCGAUUUUUCAGGUAUCAAACACCUAAAGUUAGUUGGUGAUGUUUUGAUCAUGCCUGGAGUUUCCUUCGCCGCUACUCAGAACGGAUCGCCGAGAGACCGGGGAGACGUCCCUGUCACACAUCAUUACGAAGGUUCGUGGAAGCAGGCGGAUGUGGAAGCAAAUAAAAGAAAAAGCAAAAGGCGCAAGGACAACUGGCAUACGUAA